UUGUCGAAUGCAAUUUUCAUAUUUCUUUUAAGAACUGUUUUCAUUUAGCCACACGGGCGAAGUAAAUUGCUAAGCUGUAAGGAACUGCAAGCUUUCCAAAAUGCCACCAAAAAAAGCACCAGCGGCAAGCAAAAAAACUGAACAAAAGAAGAAAGAGAAGAUCAUUGAGGAUAAGACUUUUGGCUUGAAGAAUAAAAAGGGUUCCAAACAACAAAAAUUCAUACAGCAAGUACAGAAACAAGUGCAGUCGGGUGGUCAACACCCACGUACCGAUGGCGACAAGCGAAAGGAGGAUAAGGAAAAAAAACUGCAAGAACAACGUGAAUUGGCCUUGAUUUUCCGACCGGUGCAAGGACAAAAGGUUGAAAAGGGUACCGAUCCGAAAUCAGUAGUAUGUGCGUUCUUCAAACAGGGUAGUUGCACAAAAGGCGAUAAAUGCAAAUUCUCUCACGACUUGUCCAUUGAGCAGAAGACCGAAAAGCGUUCAAUGUACGUUGAUAUGCGCGAUGAUGAUCCCGAUGACAACAUGGCCAAUUGGGAUGAUGCCAAAUUGAAGGAAGUGGUGGAUAAGAAGCACUCCAAUGAAAAGAAAAGGCCAACAACUGAUAUUAUCUGCAAAUAUUUCUUGGAGGCAGUGGAAAAAUCCAAAUACGGUUGGUUCUGGGAAUGUCCCAACGGUGAGAAAUGUAUUUACCGUCACGCAUUACCGCAAGGUUAUGUGCUAAAGAAAGAUAAAAAGAAUAUUGACAAACCCAGCGAGAUUUCAUUGGUUGACCUUAUCGAAAGGGAGCGUGCCGCAUUGGGUUCAAAUCAAACGCGGGUAACGCUGGAAACGUUUUUGGCUUGGAAGAAACGCAAAAUUCAGGAAAAGAAAGAUAAAAUGGCUGCUGAGGAGGAGAAGAAGAAGAAUGACUUCAGCAAAGGCAAACAAUUCGGUAUUUCAGGUAGAGAAAUGUUCAGCUUCAACCCAGAUCUGGUCGAUGACGGCCCAAUGGAGGAUGGUGAUGCUGCAUUCGAUAAUUAUGAGCGUUCGGACGAUGAAGACGCUGUCGAAUUUAAAGAAUUGGAUUUAACGGCGCUUUCGCUGGCAGCACAGGAAGCGGAUGGUUCGGGUACAGUAGCAUCAGAGUCACGGCUGCAGGAACAAUCCGAUGCGGCGGCAAAGCAGUCGGCUGAAGAGGAAGCAGCAGCUGCAGCAAACGAUGAUAAUAGCACACCUGCCAAUGAUGCGGCACCCAUAAACAAAGAACUGUUUAUGGGUCUCGUAGAUGAACUGGAAGAUUUAGAUAUCGAAGAUGGUGACGAUGAUGAUGACGACUAAUGCCAGUAAAGAAAUUUUGUUGUAUCUAUACAGAAUGGUGAAAACAAUAUUAAAACCAAGGAAUAUCAUGGAAUUCGUAACAUUUUCAAACGUGCUCCACUAAUUAUAGCAGAGGAAUGCGAGAUUUUAUUAGAAUUUCUACUUUCAAAUGACAUCAUAA